UUAACUUCUUAUGUAGUGCAGACAUAGGCGGUAUUGAACCACGAUGUACAACACACUUAAGUGUAACCGAUCCGUCGCGAGAUUCAUUUAAGUAACUUACUUUGGUCAAAAGACAAGGCUGCGUACUUGUGGAUUUUAAAAAGCCGUCAUUUUUUCGGGCUUAUUUUGGAUAGUUGUUCUGUCUUUUGAAUUGCCUGCCUGAGAAGUCAUAAAUGGAAACAGGCAACAAUGUUCCGGGAAGUGCAAUGGUGACCGAGGGUUCAGGCGUUCCCGACACGAUUGCGAGUGAGGAGGACCUAGCAAAACUUGACGAAAUCGACGUGGACACGUUAAAGUCGAAAUACAACCCAGAGUACAAUUUGCGCAAGAAAACAAUAGUCAACCGAUUGAAGACGGAGAAAAAGAAGCAACUGCCAAGAACGCCGAAACCAAAAACGUCCCCUGCUCCGCUGAGCAAGUACCGGAGACGUGCCGCAAAUGCGAGGGAGCGGGGGCGUAUGGAAGAUAUAAACAAUGCGUUCGAAACACUAAAAGGCGUUCUCCCGAAUAUUGAAGAGGGGCCAAACUUCAAAAUGACAAAGAUCACAACGUUACGGCUCGCGAUGAACUACAUUUCCGCUCUUAAAGACAUGCUUGGUCACCCCACCGAUAGCGACGACGCUGUCUCAGACCUCACCGGAGAGUUAACUUCCGACCUCAACUCGGACGGCGACUCCACCGGAACCCCCAGCGUCUCGUCCGCAGACGACGCGUGUCUGAGUCCGGACUCUGUCGACGGGAAUUUCUUGACAAUGGAUUUUCUUUCCGAUGUGAAACUGGAUGAUUUCGAAACCGUCGACACUGAAAAUAUACUACUGGACUGCACGUAAUAAGGAGUAUUGUUUCGAAAUUCUGAAAUUAAAAUGUUCGAUUCAUAAUGUAUGAUAGAGACCCAAAAGGUACUGAAAUUAUGAAUGUUUUUGUUUUCCUUUAGAUCGGCUAUAGUCGUAUGAAACAUAAGGUAACAUGUAUUAAACAUGUGGUUUACUUUUUUUAUACAGAUUCUAUGUAAACAAGAACAGUUUUCUUUUCAUCUAUUAAACGAUUACAAUGUUGUUUUUCAACCAUUUUUGCGGUUUUGUCCCGGGCUAUGUUCACUGACAGAUUAAUAGUGUAUUUUCAAAGAAAACAAGAUAGAUGGUGUUGCUUAAUAGAAUGGCGUAAAUGAUGCGCCUACGGCUAGAAACCACUAAUUGUUUAACGGUUCAACACCAAUAUCAAUACUGAAUUACUGUUAUGUUUCACCUUGACAUCAGAUAACAACUUAUCUCAUUGUUUCGUUAAAACGUCCAAUAAGUGCUCAUUAUGCAUUCCAUUGUAAAGUUACUUCAUAUGCAAUUAUCAAGAUUAAAACUUCAUUGCAGAUUGAGCCAUACACAUUAUGCACCGGUUUGAAACCCAAACACGUUUACUCGUAAAUUUUAUCAGACGAUAAAAAUCGGUCACUUGGAAAUUGUUAAACGCUCCCUCUUGUAUUAGAGACAGGUUUUAUAUUCAAAUUCAAUUCAAGCGCUAUCCAUCCAAAACUUAUUUUGCAGGCGAACUUUAUUUUAAGUCGUUUCAUUACCAGUACACAGCGGGGGUAUUUAAGCGGCUUUAAACGAAGCCGCGCUUUCAAUAUACGUUUUGCAAGUAGAUGUGUUUAACUGGGUGAAAUCUAAUAUCAUUCAAAUUAUUCGAAACACAUCUCAUGCCAUUUUUAGGUAUUCAUAAAAUAAAGUCUCACGUUUUUCUCCAUUUAUGACAUUAUAAUGAACUGGUAAAAUGGGAUAUUUUUUUACAGUUUUACUGGAAUCUUUUUUAUGUUUCUUAUAAUUUAUCACCUAGUUAUUUAUUGGGUAUCCAAUUACAUAACAACUGUCUCUUUUGUUAACGUCAACAUUCUUUGUUUUUUUAAAUGUUACUCGAUUUUCAGUUUGCUAAUGAAAACGUUUUAUUUUAUUAAUCACAUCAUUUGGUUUUAACUCUUCUCUUAAGCAAUUAGUCGAUACAUUACCAACCCGUAGUGGAUACAAAUCAAUGUAAGUUCAAGUAUGCUCAUAAAAAAUUUCAAGCCGUACCUACCUCGACAUCCUUUUGCAUUUAUUUCUUAUAAAAUGCAUAAAAACUCAUGUUUUAAAACAUGUUUUCAUCUGUAAAAUCGUAUAGUUUGUAUACCUUUCCACCGCCAUUAAGUCAUUUGUUAUACAUUCAUUUCAUAUAAUUAAACUUACAAUUUUCAAGCAACUGAGAACAGCUUUCUGAUGGCUAUUGAAAACAUCGGCUUUCAAUAAUUAACAUUUACUGCAAUUCAAUAUGCGUUGUUUCAAUUUUGCGAUUUUAUUAUUUGCUUAAACAAAACCUCAAUGAAUUUAAGGCGUUUAACAGAUGUGAAUUUAAUGGUAAUGCUGAAUGCCAUGCCUGCAAUCUGGAUGGAUUGCACAUCCCCUCAUAGUUUUAAGUAAAACACUUGCAGGGUUGAGACAAGCUAUGAAACAAAACGAAUACAUAAAUAAAAUGAAUAAUACAAACUGACAAGUUACGUUGCAUGUGGUACAUUUUCUCAUUAAUAACAUUUUAUUUUGUAAAUUAUAUAUGUCAUAAAGUGACGGCAACACAAAUGUGGUCUUGUAGAUAAAACAAUGCUGUUUUGUGUUAUGUAAUCCACAGGCUGUAUUGGGAUCUUUCGUUUGUUUGUAUAUGAGUUUGUUUAAUACUUUUUUCCAUUUUUUUUCUAUUUUUGCACCAAUUUCUUUUUCGUUUUUGUAACUGAGGUUACUUAGCCAGUAAUUCAUUUGUACAUACGCAUGGUUUUGCAAGAAUUUGCAUGUAUUUAAACACCUCUUAAUCUUUAUUGUUGUCAGUUAAAUAUGUCUCAUUUGUGUUAUGGUGUAAUGCGUACUUGAUUUGUUUGGAAAACGUAAAUCAUGUUCACGUCAUAUAAACAUCUUUGUGCCUAUCGGUAACGUCGUUUGUACUUUGAAAGUUGGUUUCAAAUGUGAAUAAGGCGAUACUCAAUUAAGUGAGGUGACAACAUGGAAUUGUAGAGUAGUUUUGGAUGCAUAAUAGCACGUAAUAAUAUUGUAUUUUGCAUAUAGCCUGUUCAUUUUCAGUCAAUGCUGAAAUUUCACCAGAUCAUGUUGUUUUCAUUGAAUGUUCAUGUGAUUGUGUGAAAACAUGAACACAUACACCUCAAGAAACCCAUUUAUUUUAUUCAUGAUUGCAUUUUUAUCACGGUAAUUCAAAUAUAGAUUUUCCAUGUUGUUUUCGAAAAUCGUUCAAACAUUACAAAAUUCUUAAUUACCACUGACAAAACGUGUCCCUAAGUUCAUAGAGCAAACAGUUCAAUAUUUUAAUGUCAGUAUUAUCUAUGACCUGUACAUGAUUUAUUGCUAAUUUUCUUAACCAUUCUAAUCAAUUUGGUUCUAACGUUGUAUUAUGGAUGAAAUAUGCCUGUAAUUUGUUUCAACCGUACUGCCGUUUUAUCAAUAAUAAUUGUAAAGGGCUGAAAGGGUCUGUUAGCAAUAAGGCAAUAAAAACGGCGUAAAACCGUCACUUAUGAUGACCCAUGACAAGUUAAGUGUGAUUUGAAAACGUGUUCGUUGUACAAUUAUGAAUGCAAGCACAUUAAUAUGGGACAUUAUAAACAAACGCCCUUUUUCGCAUUUAUUUUUGUCAAAAUAGUUUGUUUUUCAUUUCAUUCUCCAUGAUUGAGCUUCAUCUUAUAUGUUUUAUUGUGUUAUGUCGUUAAAGAUAUUUAUGUUAAGAAAUAAAAUUAUGUUUUGUUUUGAA